AUGAAUAAAUUGAUACGGCAAGUAAGACAGAGAGUAAGUAUAGCCAGUUUGGAUGUAUCAGGAUGGAUUGAUGAUGGGUUUCCUGAUUUUCCUUCGGUAGAAAGCCAACAAAAAAUUCUUAGUGUAAUCGUUAAAAUAGCACAUACCAACGGUUACUAUGCGCAAAGAGUGGUCAAGCUAAUUUUGGAGAGGUUAGAAGCAAGUCAGGAAAAAGAUAGUGUUAUCUUGGACGGAUUAUAUGAAGAACUUUGUGAAUUAAUGUCGGAGAAGCCUAUGGAUCCUACGGAAACAGAUAUACUGGAAUACACAAUAGAGGCAGAUAAUGAAGAGACAGAUAAAGAUAAGGUGAUCCGGAUCCGGGAAUCUCCCAGAUUAUUAUUAGGAAUGGGAACGACUGGACUCAGGACAUGGGAUGCGUCGUUAUUCCUAUCUCAAUACCUUGUGGAGGUACUUAGAAGCAAAACUCCGGAAUUGGCUGGUGUAAGGAUGAACUUUGUGAAUCGAUCAGUGAUUGAGUUAGGGUGUGGAACAGGAUUUGUAGGAAUCUGUCUAUACAAGCUUUUCAGAGACCAGCUAAAACAGAUGAUAUUCACGGAUGGGGAUACGCGGUUGAUUGAUCGGAUCUCUACGAAUUUUGCUCUCAACGAUAUGUCUAUCGACGCAAAAGACCUGAAAGUCUGCAAACUAUGGUGGGGCGAGGACGAUUUUCCUAAUACGGAAAUUAAUACCAUAGUAGCUGCAGAUGUGACAUACGAUGGGUCAGUAAUACCAGAUUUGGUCGAGACAUUGAACGAAGCAAUGAGUCAAGAUAAUGGGAAAUAUGGGCGUGUUGAUACAGCAUAUAUAGCGGCUACGGUAAGAAACAGUUCUACUAUGGCGAUAUGGACGGAGUAUUUAGAGAUGGGGAAAAAGGAUCAGAUAUGGGAAUGGGAAGUAAUAGAAUCCAGUCGAAAUCCGAACAAGGUGACUACAGACUUGUCUGCCGGAGAUAACUCUUGGAAAAGUGUUUGGUAUCCAAUAGGAGUCUCUGAAAUACGGAUUUACAAGUUGAGUCGGAUGUAG